UGCGUUUGUUUUUGCAUUCAGUCGGUGUUUUGCCUUUCGUCAUUGAUGUUUAAUUUUCUUGUUACGAUUGAAUAAAAAGAAGAGUAAACAAUCAUUUCUGCAGCAAAAAGUAUGAUAAUGAAAAGGGAAAGAGGAAGUAAAAGGAAAAGAAAUUGGUAAAAUAGUUAUGAAGCGAAAGUAAGUAAUAAAUGCAGGAAAUUACGCGACAGCGAGAAGAAAAAAGAAAGUAAUUAAAAGUCCAACAACGCCAAGUUCAAAGUGAAAAUAGGGUCAGAAUAGCAGAAAAAAAGCAAAAAGUUAUUGGAUAAAUAAAAAAGCAACGCUUAUUUAGCUGUAAGCUGACACCUUGGCGGGAUUUGGAACUGUGUAGCAAAGCACUACAAAGUACUCGGGACGUAAAUGGCUCAACUGUGCCUCUUACGGCCUGUAUACAGUGGAUAGCUUUUGUUUUGUUGACUCAUACGUAGACGCGGGUCAUCAUUCCCUGCUUCUUUGUUGUUGUGUUGCGGCUUAUAAGUAACGUUUGAAGGCAGCAAUAUACAAACGCGCUAUGGAUUACUUGCAAGACUUGACAAGAAGUCUACAGGACUUCCUAUCUACUUAUAUCGACUUGGACUACUCAUUAUGGCUCUACCGUUUACUUUGGCCGUUGAUUGUAACAUUCCUACUCCCAUUGGUCUUCGUGGCACUCAUUUACAUAUCAUUUGUGAUGCUUUUUAUUUACAAAUUGCACAGAGAGGUAAUCAUGCGCGCUGUGCGUACGGAUCGCAAAUUCUGGGAAUUUGGUCGGAAAUUAGUCGCCGCCUUGUGGGAUGCACACGCGCGCAUUUACCAUGGCUACGAAGUAAUCGGCAUGGAGAAUAUACCAGAGACGGAACCGGCAUUGAUUGUCUACUAUCAUGGGGCCAUACCCAUUGACAUGUACUACCUAAAUUCGCGCAUAAUAUUGCAAAAAGAUCGACUCAUAUACUCCAUCGGCGAUAGAUUUCUAUUCAAGUUGCCCGGCUGGGGUACAAUAUCCGAGGCAUUUCACAUCAGUCCCGGCACAGUGCAGUCGUGCGUUAGCAUUUUGAAGGAGGGCAAUUUGCUGGCCAUUUCGCCGGGUGGCGUGUAUGAGGCACAAUUCGGCGAUCAAUACUACGAGUUGCUGUGGCGCAAUCGCGUGGGUUUCGCGAAAGUCGCGCUGGAGGCGAAGGUGCCGAUUAUUCCGUGCUUCACGCAGAAUCUACGCGAAGGCUUUCGACAGUUGGGCAUUUUUCGCAAAUUCUUCCUGAAACUCUACAAUGCGGUGCGCAUACCCGUCUAUCCGAUUUACGGUGGGUUUCCGGUGAAAUUUCGCACAUUUGUUGGUCGGCCGAUACCAUACGAUGGUACGCUGACGCCAGAGGAGCUGCAAUUGAAGGUGGCCGCAGCAUUGGAGGAGUUGAUAAAUAAGCACCAACGCAUACCUGGCAGCAUAUUUCAUGCGCUGCUCGAUCGCUUGCCACCAUUUCGUAGCAAAAGAAAAGCGUCCGAAUGAGUUGCAAAUGGUCGUGGAAUGUGGGUGUUCCCGUUCAGCAGCUGGCGUUGAAAAAACUCUAGAUACUGUACUGUGUUAAUUUUUCGUAUUUCAUUUCUUUUGAGGGGAGGGAAACGCAAAAGACUUUCUGCUAACUAUACAAAUAGUUUAGUGUGCGUUUAUCUCGAGAGUUUUGCUUUCAAAACGAACAAAAAACAAACAAAAAAGUUUACAAUAGUUGAUAAAAACCGAAAACUAAAAACCAAGUAAGAUCAAAACAUAUUAUUAUCAUUAUUAUUAUAAUAGAAUUAUGAAAUUCCUUCACUAUCACCACGCAUCCAUUUUGCAAGACGGCACUUGAAUUGGAGCAAAGUUUCCAUGAGAUUGCCUGCCUAGCCGUAAGUGUACUUAAGAAUGCUUUGUGUUAAGCUCCAAGUGCGUAGUGCUAAACAAUUUUUAUUAAUUUAUUAAUAAAUAUUACAACACUUAGAUUAUAGCAUAAAUCCAAGUGCUCAGUGGGCUUUUGUUUGAUAUUUUGCAUUUAUAUUUUUAUAAUGAAAUGAAUGAAACUAUGUUUCUGUAGAUUCUGGUUGUAAUGGGAAGAUUUUUGCGAGUAAACUGAAACAAAUUGUUUAUAAAUAAUCUAAUUAUUAAAGUCAUAGACUUAAUUUUUCAUCUAUUAAAAAAAAAAAUAAUAAUAAUUAAAUUUCAUAGCAAAACAGUAUUCCAAGAAUAUGUUUAGAUACUCUGUGUACACAUACUUCUCCUUUGUAUUGAAUACAUUUUACUAUGUAUGCAUUAAAAUAACGGUAUUCAAAUACUUGUGUGAGUAAAUGAUUAGAAUUAUGAAAAUAUGUAUUGUGUUGUAUGAAAAAUGUAUUCUUUAUUUAUUGUGGAAUUAAAUGGCGUGUGAAAAUUAAAAAUUUAAAAAGGAAAUAAA